AGUGAGGUCACAACCCCUCGGGUUACAUUCCGUACCUACUUGCUGCUAGGUGAACAGGGGCUACACAUAAAGAGGCUCGCCCCUUUGCCUCGCCGCCCGGGAUUCGAACCCGGGUCUUCUUGGUUGUGAGCCGAGCGUGUGUUAUAAAUUUCAUAUACUUUAACAGAGGAACUCGGUCACUGUCAUAGUUUGAUUUGAAUAAUUACGGAGUGUUUUGAAACACUUUUGACCUAAGUUAGCCAUGUCAGAAAAUGGUCUUGGGAAAUUGGGAGAUCUCUUGGCAGAGCACCUAAGGCCUACUAUCUAGAUACAUGAGAUGUAUAUAGUAAAUUACUUGUCAAAACACAAUGACGAGUGUACUACAUUCUUGAGCUGUAAUACUAAUCAUUCCCUUAGGAAUGUAAUGGCCAUUAGGUACAAAAAAACUAUUUUUGGUGUCCAAUAACUAACGAACCCAAAUAUUAUUGAUGAGAGGUGAACUAUUCAAAAGAUCGUGCGAGAACGCAAAAUCAAGCAUUAAUGUGUAAGGAAAAUUCACUAUAACUACUGACAAUUUCUGGGGCAAAUAUCAACAAACAGCACAUCGCUUGAUGACGGAAUAUUGACGGGCAGUGCCGUUGUCAACGCAUUAACUCAAGCAAUUUUGACAGCUCUGCCGUUUCAUAUGUAGAAACAGCUACGACAUUGAUGAGUUAUAUAAAUGUCGUUUUACUAAGAACAAGUAUCAUGUACUUUAGUGGUUGUGAGUUUGAUGGGAAUAUUCGUUAUCGGGAAACUUCAUAGUGUAGUAGCAUCAGUAGUGUUUGGGAAGGGACAGCUGACGGUGAAGACGAGGCGAGGUCGGUGUUGAGGGAACUGCUGGGCGUGAGUGUGACAGAAGCAAGCAACAGGUGGAAGAGGAAAGAUGAAGGGGUGGCAGUUCAUAGUUUAUCUAGCUGCACUAUGCCUUGGAUGCCACGCUGAGGACAAACCAACUCCACUCGUAAUUUGGCAUGGAAUGGGAGAUACUUGCUGCUUUUUCUUCAGCAUGGGACGAAUCAAGAAGAUGGUUGAGGAGAGGAUUCCUGGCAUAUAUGUCAGAUCACUCAUGAUUGGUGAUAAUAUUAUUGCUGAUGAAGAACAUGGUUAUUUUGGGAAUGUAAACAGUCAAGUGGAGGAAGUGUGCCAGAAACUGGCUAGUGACCCUGAACUACAAGGUGGUUACCAUGCCAUGGGGUUCUCACAAGGUGGACAGUUUCUACGUGCCGUGGCUGAGCGCUGUCCAAAUCCUUCUAUGAAGAAUUUGGUUACCCUUGGAGGACAACAUGAAGGUGUGUUUGGUUUGCCAUCUUGUCCAUCGUCUCCAAGUGAGUCCCGCUUCUGUGAAUAUGUCCGUAAGCUUCUGAACUAUGGAUCUUAUGUUUCCUGGAUUCAGGACAGCCUUGUUCAGGCCCAGUACUGGCAUGACCCACUACAUGAAGAUGACUACCGCAACAAUUCAAUUUUUCUUGCUGAUAUUAAUAAUGAAAAGGUGGUGAAUGAGGAGUAUCGCAGCAAUUUGAAGAAGCUUGACAACUUUGUUAUGGUUAAGUUCCUGAAAGAUUCUAUGGUGGUCCCAACAGAGAGCGAGUGGUUUGGUUUCUACUCUCCAGGCCAGGAUAAGGAAAUUCUGCCCCUGCAACAAACAGAACUGUAUCUUGAGGACCGUCUAGGACUGAAGGAGAUGGAUGAAGCUGGGAAACUUCAGUUUGUCAGUGUUGAUGGCGAUCAUCUUGAGUUUUCAGAUGAAUGGUUCCUUCAGGAGAUUGUUGACAAAUAUAUAACUUAAUAUUGUCCAUAUUUCCUAUAUAAAUUUUAAAUUUUAACUUUAAUCUGAAAUAUCACUAUUUGCUUUUAUUAUCUAAAGCAUUUGAAACAAUAAGCAGUAUGUUCUUGUAUCAAUUUUUACAUGAAAUACUAUGCUCUAAAGGUCUAGUUUUCUAUUCACAAUAAAUACAUAACUUUAGUAUGGAAGAACAGCAAAUAAAACUUAAUCAUCUGAAA